AUGGCCAAUGUUCAAGGUCUUACGUUUGUUGCGGCUCGUGCAGCUGUCCUCCUCCUCCUAAUAUCCAUAUUGCUGGCUACCCAUGGAGCCAAUGCGCUUUCCCUUUCAAAGAGGGAUGCGGUAAUUGCCACAGUGAACAUCCCACUCACUGUUAACAAAGACAAACGAUAUGUGGUUGGCGUAAACAUGUCGUCCUCGUCUUUGCAACAGUCUUUCAGGUUUGCUAUGGGAUUGAAUACUGGAUUGAGUGCAGUCGCCGGUAUUGGAUGCGAUAGCUGCAACAACGUACCCGCCUAUAAUGCUUCUGCCUCGACCAGCCAGAAGCCAUUUCCGGGUUCUGCCAACGUCAGUCUUGGUAGUGCUUCGGUAGGCGGACCUUUCAUAAAGGAAGAUUGCUUCCUCCACGAAGCAAAUGGCACAGGAUGGUCAUAUCCCAAUCAGACAAUUAUCGUGGCGAAUCAAUCCUCGUCUUUCUUUACGGACGUGACUUCAGGGCUGAUCGGCUUAGGAACGAAUGCCAAUGGGCAAUCUGGGAAUUUCUCUGACACUGUAUUCGGCGGAUGGCUUUCCCGUAAUCCUUCACAGAAUAAUUUCACUUUCGGAAUGGACCUUCGUUCGCCGAAGUUCACGUCAGACAACGACCAAGGCAAUGGCGGCGUGUUGCAUUGGCUCCAACCGGAUUCAAAGGCGUAUCAGGGCAACAUUGCUUGGAGCACUGCGGGUGUCUCGUCCGGUCCAGCAAAUGUCCCCGCUAAUCAGAAUACGGGUGGGACGUCGUCUAACGCCGCAUUUCAACUUCCCGAAAGCGACUGGUCGAUUCAACUUGACGGUUGGGCGGCGUCGGUUGCUGGAUCUUCCAUAGCGAACGCGUCGAAGACGACGGCUUUGAUCGAGCCUUUCUUCGCUGAUAUCUUCUUCCCCGCUUCCCAGGCAAAUCUUCUAUAUGCUGCCGUCCCUUCUGCGGUGCAGACGAGCUCUCUCGUUGACGGGGCCCAGGCAUGGUCGUUACCUUGCAACACAAAACUAUCUGUUGCAUUCACGUUCUCUGGACAAUCUUUCCCACUCGACGAAUCGCAGCUAAUUGAACAGCAAAGUGAUGGAAGUUGCAUCGGCACUAUCAAAGCUUGGCCUGAUUCAUCUGUUACUAACUUUAUGCUAGGCAGUAAUUUCAUCUCAUCACUUUACUUGAUCUUCGUAGUUGGUCGUCCUGGAUCUGGCGUUCCAAACUCCGUUGGCAUAGUCCCGCGGGCUGCUCAAUCAUCUAAGACGGAUGUUGGUGCAAUUGUGGGUGGUACAAUUGGUGGCGUUGUUGGAGUUGCGAUUCUUGUUGGGGGAGCAUACAUGCUGGGACGACGGCGCCGCGCAAAAACUUCUAAGAAGGACGGCGAUGCCUCACCUUCGAAGAUAGGAGAGAAGACCGGAUUCGUGGCUAAUCACAAUAAGGAUGAAGGAUCUGACGAGGGUGGAGCACAAUACGCAACUCAUGCUUUGCCACACUAUGGACCACAGAAGUAUUCGCCGUCAACUCCGUCGACUGCAUAUACUGCUCGACCACUCCUUCCAGAAGCACAUGAUUACCGCAACACUGCAUUCGACGUACCCAACUCACCUCACUCUGGCAGUAACUUCUUAGCAAUGUCAUCUGGAGGAUCGAGUUCUGGUCAUGGACAUACGCUUGAGCCAAGUACAGCGUCUCGAAUUUCGUACAACCCGAAUGCACUCGGCGCGAACGUAACUGCAAAUCGUGCUAGUUCGUCAUAUGGAACCGGAGCUGCCAGUAUGGAUCCCAGCGGCCGCACACACAUGAUCGAGCCAUUCACACUGCCUGCAGGUGCUUCCCCUCCCUCGACUCGUGACCACAAGUCCAUACCUCAACGUACCUCGGUUUCUCCAUCUACCGCCAACCAAAUUCACAUGCCUCAACCUCAACCUGCCCCUGUACCAGGAAGUCCACAAGAUCUCGACCCGUUUUCACCUUCCACAGCCUCAGGCGGCGAAGGAGCUGUAAAUGCACCGUUCAUCCUCCCGCCGCCACCUUCGUCACCACGUUCACGGGUUACUAACAAGCAAUCUCUUGUGUCAUCUCGUGCAGAACAACAACAACAACAUGCACAAGUACCGAGGUCAUCCGAGACACCUGCGCCGCCGUACAGCUUUGAAGCUCCAACCCCGGCUCAACCGGUAUCCCCGACACUCGUCGAGUAUUCUGAAUCCAAUGCCGGUGGCAGUUCUUCUGGCCCAGGAACUUCCACCGGACAGCAACGAGAUAAGACUUAA